CUCUCUCUCCUCUCUGCCUCUCUCGCUUUCUUUCUCUCUCUCCCUCUCUGUUUUCGUCGGCGUGUGUGUAAGUGCAGGUGUGCGCGUUUCUUUCUCAUCCCGUCUACCCCCCUCGCCUCUCCUCUCCCUCUCGUCCGCUGUCUAUCUCUGCCUCGGCCUCCCUCGUCGCCGUGAGGAUGGCAGGCUUGUUCGCCGGCGAAUAAAAUCGGCGAUGAGCGAUAUCGCGCGGGGGUGGUGAUAAUCGCGGAAGAAAGGGGGCGAGAGAAUAGAUGCGAGGUACCGAGGGCGCGCUUUUCGCGCAUUCGCGCGGUGCGAAUUAAUGAAAUCGGAGUAAUGAGGUCGAAGAGGACGGAGGUCCGAGUCCGAGAGCGGCAAUGAAGGGAGUUCCGAGGAGAGGCGGAGGAUUCACUAGUGAGUAAGAUUUAGAGUGGGAACGAUAUUUGAAAGUAAGGGAGUACGCGCGGAUAAGUAGGACGGGAAGAAAGAUGAUCUCUGGAAGAAGAUGGAGACAGAGAGAACGAGAGAGAGAGAGAGAGAGAGAGAGAGAACAUCGCCAAUCCGAAAGUUCGGAAUAGGUGAAAAGAUAUGUGUGUAACAGUUUGUGUUUUCUCCCAGAUAUGUGUAAAGCGGGGUGCGAGUAUCUUGUAAAGUGUGAUGUGAAUAAUCCGGUUCCGUAAAAAAAAGAUUACGAGAAAUUGAAGGGGAGCGACGUCUUCUUGCACGAAAAUCGUGAGAAUCGCAGAUAUCACCGAGAAGAGAGUAAAGUGACGAAGAAUAAAGAGCAAAGAGAAGAGGUUGGAGGCUACCCCGUUCGUUCGCGUGAUCAAGAAGACAUCCACGACAAGACACUUGAGCUUGCGAGUUUGACGAACAGUAAUGGUCGAAAAAGACAAAAAUCUAAGGAGGCGAGAACAAGAAAAGAAUUUCGGAGUGUCUGCGGCGAGAUGGUGCGGACCGUAAAGUGAUUUCGAAGUGACGAGUGUUGAGCGCGCGAUCGCAAACGGCGAGUCUGCUUUCAGCUCCGGUCCCGUCUGCAGUUUGCGCGCGGCUCGCACCGUAACCAAGAACAUCGAUAUCUCGCUGCGAACAUUCGGAGACUCGUAACUGAACAUUCGAAGCAUGAGGAACGUAUACCUGUCGCCGACAAAAGAUGCAACCAGGAGCUGAUCUGAAGCUGACACGCUCGAGACACUCGCUGCACGUAGUACGUAGCGGGGGAAUCAUAAACGGCGGCCGACGAACACGCGGAGGAUGGAAGCAUGAUUCUGGUAGCGCGGGUCCGUCGAACACGACGAAAAACUAAGAGGAAGAGCCUCCUGAGAGACGGUGGGCAUGACGGCACACUGCGGGAACAUGGAUACCCGCGAGGACGGCGGAGUCGAUCGCGAAUCUCGAAUCCGUUAAUUCAAUCGUCUCUCCACGGGGGGAAAUCCUCGGGAUGCGUCCGGUGGUGCCGAGCGGGACGUCGUCGUCGUCGUACUUCCGUUUGAGUUUACGUGUUACGUGAGAUUUCGUUCGCGACGCAACGAGUCGACGAGAGGCACAUCAUUGCUGACGUCACACCCGUCGCGGAAUAAUAAAUGUCUCCGGCGAGAUACAUAACUCGCGCCCUUUGCUAAUGCCAUCACGGGAGGUCGUUUCGAGUCGGCAUCGAUCCCUGAUAUUUUCUGUGGCAUGUAUAUGACCCCAACGACGUGGGAAGGAAUUUGCGGCAGUAGAGCCUCGAAAAGACCCGGUACCGAGGGUGGUACAACCUUGUGCCGCCGGUACGGUACCGUUUCCGUUUCCCCCGGGUAGGCGUGUGUGUGCGCGGGUGUUCCGAGGUAAAACACGGGGACCUCAAAGGUACCUUACGUGUGGUGGUACCUGCGGCUGAGUGUCUCUCUGAAUUGCCCGAGUUGUUUGCCCCGCGUGCCAAGCACCGUGCCGAAUCGUGCAAGACCAGCUGUGCGAAUCGGUAUCGAACGAUACCGUCGAAGGAUGAGACAAUCCGCCGGGGCGUCGUGAGGAAUAGCAAAAGUGCGUGCGUGCUUCGAUUCCUGGACGAUGACCGACUGGCUGUCGUCACGGUGGAGAUGACUACCAGGUUAGUAGCUCGUCCCGAAGACGACGACGACGACGACGAGGUCCACGAAGAAGAACGAGACUCGGCCGUGGGCUAUCACUGCCACUGAUAGAGCCGGCAUCCCGUCGCAGCUCACAUCGAUGCCGACCGCCACAUCCACGAAACGAGGAAUGGGGAGUGUCGGCAGCAACGUGACAGGGACGACGACGACAGAUCCGACGACGUUCCUGCCAGAUGCGACGCCGACUCUGAGCGAGCGCGAACAGCUCAAAAUCGAAUUCUACAAAACGUACGACGUCAUGACGGGGGUACGGAUUGCCGCGACCCUCGGCGGCUUCUUCAGCUUGAUGGUCUUGCUGGUAGUCUACAAGAGCAGAUGCAAGGCGAGCAAACAACUGGAAGAUCCGGCGUUAACCGCGGCAGCAGCCGCGGCGGUCGCGGAAGCUGAAGCCGAGGAACGCGCGCUCGCCGCCGCCCUCGAAGCGAUCGCCAGAUUACCACCUAGGCCGGGUCGUGGUCCGAGGAGGUCGUUGUGCGUCGAGAUGAACCAGUCUCGUUCACCCGUGGAGGCACCUCGCUUCGCCUCAGUCGGAGGUGGAUACGAUGCCCUGCUGGCAGCGCCAAUCAGGCAACCGAGGUUGGCUCCCCCCGUCGAUCACAGAAGAUGUAGCUCGGUUACCUGUAGUAGCACCGGAAGUAGUUAUCUGGAACGAAGGGGUUCAGCCAUGGUGAUGCCGUGCCUUCCGCCUCCUCCAUCCUUCCCGCGUCACGCCGCCUACGAUGAGCCAUGGGAUUUAUAUUACCCUAUCGAUAUCCAGGUAAUACAGCCAACUCCCGAUUUAUCGCCAUGCGGUAGCGAGGCCGGUCUUUAUGCCGGUGCGGUUGGCAAUCUUAUGGCGGCGUCGUCGGGCAGAAGGGCGCCGUUGGCGUCGAUGGGCAGCGUGGAUCCUCCCGAUCCGGACUCCAAGUCGCUCGGCUCCGAUUCCGUGUUCCUGAAGAACGAGGACGAGGAGGAGCAGUGCGUCGACACGGAGGAUGAGGUCUCGGGCUUUUCCACGGACUCGGACGCGCCUGGGCCGAGCUGUCGGCGGUUCCUGCGGGUGCCUUCUAGGAAAAAGCAGACCCCCGAGAAGUGGGACGGAUGCGCGGGUUGCGUGCCCAGACGACGGGCUGGAAGCAAACCCUGCCAAGAAUGCUUGACCAUCAGUGCCGCCGUCGAAACCUCCAGGUCGCAGCCAGCCUCAACGGCGACCAGUAGCAGUCAGAGUAGCGUGGGAUCUCCACCGUGUUCACCGCCGAUCGAGCUGAGGCAUAGACCACCGCCAGCGCCAUUGCCAUCAAUCCCGCCAAUAUGGUCUCAAGAAACGCUCUUUUAGGACGCGUUUUCCGUAUCGCGAGCAUGUCCUUUGACCUGUUUUUACCGAGGUACCGAACAAUCAGAUCCAGAAUGUCGAUAUGUUCGAGGAAAUCAUUUGCCCGAAAACUCGAGUCUCAGCGCUUCAUCCGCGUCCUUGUCAUCGCCAUGUCGCGUCUACGGGGAAAAGUAAUCUCUCUGGAUUUCAUCGAGACACAUUUCACGAUUGGAUUCAUUUGUUCGUCAAUCACCGACGUAAUUGGCUAGCAGAUUUCGGCUGUAAUCCACAGAUCCCCACGACAAUCAGCAUCGCGUAAAAACAAUCAAAAGUCAAAUAUUAUCCAAAGUACGAAGAGAAAGUCUGAAUUCCGACGUAGCGAAAUUAAAGACGAUCAAAAAUUACACCGUUGGAUGCCUUUGUAAACCGAAAGGAAUGAACAUGAGACGAAUAUCUGCGCACGGAGAAGGGAUUAAUCAUGUAGCCGUCGAGGCGGCGGGGGAGGAGGGAAGACGGAGCAGAGAAACGUGAGACGCGGAACGCGAGACGUAGGAAGAGCGACAGGAAAAGCAUUUUCGUCCGAGAAAUAUCGGAGAUUGCCGAUAUUGCGGCGGCGACUUCCGUCGCCGGAACCGGAGCAAGCCCAUCUUAUAAGGCGGUCUAGAUCUAGAAGUAUUUCGCGUCGACCGUGUAGCACGCUCCGUGGUACACUCGGUGGUGCAAGCGCGCCAGACUCGGCUCGGAUUACCUCUGCCGGUUCAAGGAACCCAUCGGACCCGCAGCCGACGUCUCGCCGACGGCGACUUGUAAGAUCUACGUUCACCUGAGAUCUUAUCCGACAUGUCUCCGUUUGCCACGUCUGUCUGUCUACCGCCAUUCCCGAAAAUCCACUCUGCGAACAAUACAUCCGGCUUUAUCUGAGAUUCCGCGUAACCACGCUGCGCGCUCCGUCACGGCACGGAACAUUCCGACGUUCAGAGAUACCAGUUUACCCACCACCACCACCACCACGUAGCCACGAGCUACGUACCGCCGCGUCUCAUAGAAUUCAGAGGGUGGGAAUUGGGUGAUCCCAUUGUUUUCCGUCAGUCAAUCAUUCCGUUUUUCAAUGCAAUGCAGCGGCGCACGCUCCGACAUUUCGCGACGACAACGAAAGCAGGCAAAUGCACUUCCUCGCACGGACAUUCGUGGCGUCCCAAUUGGCGCGAUUCCGCGACGCCAAUCGAGAUCCCUGCAAGAUUCUCGGGCAGUCGAGGAAUCUGGGAUAAGGACGCGGGGUGAUCUAUAUAUCGCACAAAAGGAGAAAUCCGCUGGGAUGAGCGGAAAAAAAACUCGUCUCGAUUGACCAGGGUGAAACCGCGAAGAUUCGCAGACUCAGGAAGGGGUUGGAGGAAUCGCAACGGGGAGCAGCAGCAGCAGCAGCAGGCCGAUCGACGACGUCGCGGCGAAAAUAGGGAAUUAUUUUUAUACAAGCGCGACGAUAAUCAAGCUCGUUGGACCGAUUGUGAUGCUUUCUCGCGGAAACAAUAAUACGCGCGCAAUUACUCGACCGUAUAACGUCAGUGUAACAUGUGAUUAUCAACGAGGCGAGAGCGAUUGGGGAGAGGAAAUGGAAAAGUAGAAGAACGGAAGAAGAAACGGGAAAACUCGAGAAAAGAGAUAACACAAGAAACGCGAGGGAAGCAGCACUCUCGUCCGGAUGGCCGUCGAACCGGUCUUCCGCCCCGUCAUUUUUUCGGGCGGGGUGAAUCGCUGAUUCGCUGUCGAUCCGACGUUUCCCUAGAUGCGAGGAAACAAAUCGUAUUUCUAUUCGUGUAAUCCUGUAAGCUCUGUAAGGUUUUGGGUGUACGUGUACGUGUCUAUAACCCUCUUGCGUACGAUAGAUAAAUGCCGUGCCCGUUGGAGGGGCGCCGGAAACGGCGAUUAUCGCGAACGGUCGCGGUGAAUCAGAAUUGUCGAAGUUUCCCAGACGCCGAACGUAUUUUCGUUCGGUAAACGUUUUCCAUCUUAUCGGUCGUUCCGUAAAGUUGUUUCAGCGAGUUUUUCCACCGUAUAAUACCGAGAUAUCCCGCGCAAGCGAAUACAUACCCCCCGUAAAAUCAGAACGAAGUAAAUUUAUCAACCUAAAAAAAAUCAAACGAGAAAAAAAAUAUGAAAAAUUCCGAAAGCGCCAAAUUGUUCCUGUGAAAUUAAACGCGAGACGAAAGGUAAAUUGAAAGUGAACCCCUCGUCAUCCGUUAAAUUCAGUGAUGUUAGCUGACGAGAAGCUCGCUCCGGCUGUAGAAAGUCACACCUAUUAAAACGUCACAGCGUGACGUGAGGAACGAGAAGAGAAAAAGGGAGAUUUAGAUGUGACAUAUUUAUUACUGACGAGAGUAAUUUACAUAUAUGCGCCGUCUAUUUUCGGUAAAAGGACGAAAUGUAGUUUAACCGGGCGAGCCGUAUGUCACUUUCUCUCUCUCUCUCUCUUUCUCCCCCCUCUCUACAUCCGGAGAUCUUCCCGCGGAAGGCUAACAUCACUGCCGGCGAGCCCCUCCAGGCGCACGAGUGAUAACUGAAUAAAAAAUGAAAAAAGCAGAAAAAUACAGUAAAACGCAUUUGCGUGAGAGCAAAGCGAGCGCACGAGGACUACCUAAACUACCGUUGUUCUAGCUAAGAGUUUGUAUAGUAGACGAAUAAGACGAGCCGAGAAGUUAUUAUAUCGGAGGGUAAGGUGGUGAAAAAUAUUACGUAAAAUAGGCGGCACGCAGCGCCCGCGCCCGCGCGCUCAGUGCUGCAGCCGUUACUCUUAGAUAGGUGUACAUAUUAUAUAAUAAUAAUAACGUCGUGUUGCGAGAUGCAUUACAACGUCGAGGCGUGCCGUACGACGGCGAAUCGAGCCCGCCCUCCCUCCCCCCGAAUUGACAGAGGAGGGAAGCGAAACUCGUCUGACGUCGUGCACGCGAACGGGAGACUUUAUAUUACGUUGGCUGCGUUCCAAAACUCGCUCCCUGCACGUUCUCCCCUCCCCCCUCCGCCCUUGAAUAAGGGCACAAAUUCAACAAGCUGCGACGCACGGUCGGCCGACUAUAUAUGAUUACAGAGAUCCGUCUCGUGUAAUUCCUUUAAUAAUUUAUACAUGGCUAUUUGUUACGACCAUUAAGCGAAAACGUCAACUUUUGCGGACCUAAGAGAUUACUGCAAAGUUUCUUAAAGGAGAUAGAGAUGGAGAGAGAGAGAGAGGGAGUAAGAGAGAGGGAAAGAGAGAGAGAGAGAGAGAGAGAGAGAGAGAGAUGUUCAAACUCCUAGAGAUACGUGCAACUGGUAAAAGUUCCGUGACAAAUAGGGGAAAGUCUCUAAUUGGACAUCGUAUGCCUUAUUGAAUCACUGUUACGUGCAAUGUACAGAGAGGCCGACAUCUCUCGCUUGAGAAUUACGACAACGCGUUGCGGGGGAGUAAUUGCGUAACGGGGUGACGGAUAGGAGUAUGGGGAGUUUUGGGACGCAGCUGUGUAGAAAAAUUAAACAGAAUUAUACUAUCGCGGAGAAGGUGCGCCUGCUAUACGCCGACACGCUGAUGAAUUCGUUCCGCCAAAAACAAUCAGUUAAAAUAAUCAGUUCAACAUGCCAUGUUUUUUGAAGAGAAAAAAGAUCCCGAAGAAAGUUCCGAAGAUAAUUCCGAAGAAAAAUUCAACAAAAAGAUUCGUACGUUCCUCCAGAAAAAUUAAAUCAAUAACGAUUCUUUGUCGCUCUCGACCACACUGGCCAGUUUAUUUGUAAUCCCGAAGAGUCACGCGCAAGGAAAAUGUAGUUCGCAUGUGCGCGCAAUUCAGUACGAACAAUUUCGCGUAUUAUAACCGGCAAAAAGCUGGAAAAAAGCUUUCAGGCUAAAGCAGAAAAGUAAAACUGAGUUUUAAAGAUAAUCCUUGCGGGAUGUCAAAAGAGUAAAGAUAAAGAUAACAUUUCUCGUUUAUGUUUUUUUUUUCCUCAUCCGGCGUACGAAAGAGUCCCAUCAAGGAACAAUAAGUUCUCAACGGUGCACGGCGUGCAGCACGUCGCGCCGUAGUCGCGCAAAGAUAAGGAGCUUGAAAAAAACUCGCGAGUGCUGCCGAAUUGCCAAAUGUAACAAUCAAACAGUGUCUAGUCGAAAUAUAAGAUUCAGGAAGAACCGAGAAUGAUAUAUAAAUCUCUAUAUAUAUAUAUACAUAUACAUAUAUACAUAUAAGAAGAUAUAUGCGAGUGUAUACGCGUGCAUGCGUGAGUGCAUGGGCGCGCGAUCGCGCGCGCACGCGCGCGGCCGUGUGCCAAGUAGUUUAACGUGACUUUAGGCGGGCGGCGCGGUAUAUAUAUAUUGUAUAUGUGUGUAUGCAAAUCGGGCGCAAGAGUGUGUAUGUGUGCGCGCGCGAGAGACUUUUUAGAGACUGUACACACGAGUUCGUGUCGAUUGAUUUUAGCGUCUAACGUUCGUACAACCACGUUCGUGAAACCUUCUCUCGGUGCCUUUCUGCUGCACUUCUUCCAUCAUCGUUUAGAGGAAUAUACACUCUCUCCGCUUUUCCUCUCUCUCUCUCUCUCUCAUCGACCGCUCUCCACUCUCAUCUUUCCUCCCUCAGCUCCAUCAGCUCAGGAGUGUUUCCGCGCGACGCCGCCAGAAAUCUGACCGUGCUGAAGUAUAAAACUCGCGCGCGUCCCCUUCUUUCUCUUCCUUCGGCUCGGUUCCCACGAUUUAUGUACGCUUGUUCGCUUCGCUUUCGCCCAGUCGCGUCCCUCUGUUGGCUUCUGUUUGCUGUCAUCCCCGUUCAAUUUCUCAUAAAGCUCUACGAGAUUUAUGAGAUGACGGUAACUUUCAAGGAAAAGUUUGCAAGUAAUUUUCUUCGAUUUUAAUAAGCUUGGGGAAUAUGGUAAAGCAUUAUACUUACUUGAAGAAGUAAAUAUAAUCUCCUAAGAGUUCGAUACUUAGAAAAUUACGAUGUUGGAAGAAUAAUAAAAAAGCACAAUUUUUAAUAUUUUUUCUGUCAAUAACUUAGAGUUUGUAAUCGUGCAUUAUUCUUAAUUCCCCGCAAUGUUUCUGAUUGAAGCAUUACUUUCAUAUUAUUUAUUAUCCGAUCAAUGUUAAAUCAGAAUCGAUUAGAAUAAAAGUAUAUUAGCUGCGAAGAAUUCUAUUUCAAUUUUUAAAUUAUACUUUUGCCGAAAACCUAUCAAAAUCAGAGAGAGAUACUUGUAAACUUGUUUUCUUGUAUAAAAGAUAUACUAUACAAAAAUAUUGUAAAUUUCUAUUUUUCAUUAUAUUUGCAAGUUUAUUGGUAGAAUUGAGGAAGAUUAAAAUUUUUCAAACUAUUUUUCAUCGAGUAAAUUAGUGUAAAAAUAUCUUUAAUUUGUAUUUCUAGCCAACAUCGAGGAUUAGAAAUAGUUUUAUGAAACAAUGUUCAGAAAGGAAAAGAAAAUUGGGGGAAAUAACAGAAGGAGAAGGAAAAGAAGAAAUCCACAUAAAUUUAUAAAAGGCAUUGUAAUUUAUUCUGAAAGAGAUAACGCGUUUGAAACAUUCAUAUAUAAUUUUACGCAAAAAUAUUGUGUUAGCACAUAAUGUUUGUAGAAGUUGCUAUUGAAUUUUUCGUUGCAUUUAUUGUUGCAUUUAAAGUUUAACGAUGUUGUAUGUUUCAAAUUUAUAUUUAAACAAACGGGAGUCCCACUAUUUAUAACGGCAUUGGCAAACAAUUACCUUAUAAUCAGUUGUUCCAAGAAUAAGCUUCGUUAUCUGUCGAGAGAUAUCUAAUAUCUUACAUCGUCAAAUAUUUUCUAACGCUAGAUAGAGAAAAAAAUCCAGGAAAUUGCAAUGAGCGGCCGCACGGAAUCUCUCUCAUGUUAACGAUUAUAGACCUUCGUACUUUUAUAAUUUUUCUACUACUCUUCGACACUUUAGAUACUUUAAGAGUAAGGGACUGUUUACUAGAACUCGUGCCUAGACUCACUAAGCACUCGAUACAGGCGAUCGUCUAAUCUCCUCUUAAUUCGAGUUACUCAUUUUCAAAACGUCGCAUUCUCUUCCUCUUUGAUUGAUAUCGAUAAAGACACUCGUUAUUAAAAUUAAAAACUUAUUUUGUCACGAGAUAUUAAAGCGUUUUCUUAUUUGUUUGUACAAAUGGUUAUUAAUGCAAACGUUACAAUCUUAUCACUGCGAUAUCAAUCGACUUCUCUCUUUAUCAAUAUGACGUCUUCAUGUUUUCCUUCCUCGUUUUCUGUUAAAUUCACUUAUGACAAAUUAUAUCCACCGUGCCAAAUAAAUAUUUAAAUGGAUUGGCAACAGUUUUUCUUCGAUUGAACGAAUUUUUCUUUUCAAUUCAAAUUCUUUUCAAAGUGACUUUAUAUCGGCGUUUUCCUUAUUAUUUUACGGAAAGCGUUUAAGUUAAUAUCGGAUAUAAGAAAACAGAGAAACUUAAUAUUGACAAAUCUCCUGUAUUUCUAAAAUAACUUUCGGAUAUGUGCGACUGAUGUAUUCAUUUUAAUAUAUUAUACAAGGUGAAUCAUUACAUUAAAUUGUAAAUAAAGAUAUAUUAAAUUGUCGCAAUAUACAUAUUUUCUUUAAAACAAGUAGAUCUUCUUCUCUAAUGGCGUUUAUUUAGAUAGAAAAAUUUAUACGUGAAUGAAUCACCCUGUAUAUAUACACACACGAAGAAUGUUGCAAUAUACAUUGCUGUACAUAUAUAUACGAAAAAAAUUGUAAUUUCGUCGAUACUUUCAACUUUUGUGUGAAAGAUACUGUAUUCGUCUGCAAUGUAUGCUAUCUUCUGUCUCUAUUUUACAUAUGUACCUAACAACUCUUCUUUUAUACAUUAUAGACUUAUCGAAGUGAUUAUGUUUAAACUUAAUCAGAUACGUGUUCAUUCGCUAGUGACUCACGUAGAAGACCCGACUCAAAGUCUCUCGUUCUGUUCUGUACAAGAAAUUUUUCAAUCACUCUGUAGAAAGAAUUUCUACAUCCUCGCGACUCGUGUCUGAUUAUGUUUGGGCGCUUACUCUAUUACCAUUGUACUUCCAAAUAGGUGCACGAUAGCGAGAGCGCACGUUUGCCAUGCUGAUUUCGGCCGAACGUAAUUUCAAAAGGAAGACACGCACGUUGUCGUAAAUAUAUCAUCAAGAAAGAUGAUUGAAUUUCUUAUGUAAUAACAAUGAAAACGCGCCGUACAAUAUUACACUGUGUAUAUACGCCAAAAUAUUAUAAUAUAUAAAAGACAUUGUCAUUUGAGUUAAAUAUAAAACUAAAUUUGACAAAAUAUUGGCCUCAAAUAAUACGCGACAGAUUGGUUGUUGAACAUAUCAAUUUCGGUGCGUGCUAAAUUUGCAACUUAGAGAAUUAAUUGGAAAAGGUGAACAAUGAGAAGCACGCGACGCGACUCGCGUCGCUUUUGAAUGCCAUCAGCUUCAGCGGGAUGCAAACGUGCGGCUUCGAAACGUGCACCGUUUGAGUGAAGCUUCAGUUUCGGAUCACUUCUAAUCUAGAGCUGAAAAGGGGGUGGGUUGCCCCCUCGGGUGGCGCGAUUCUGCUAUUCGGUGAUGUGAGAAUCCGUGCGAACGUGUCGGCUUGUUGGCGGUUGAGAGGACGCGCGUGUUACACGUAUAAGAGACGCGAAUGCCCGUUAAUUGCAUUGUCGCGGAACGAAGGGGGUGAAAAGCGACGACGAAGCGACUCGAUAAUUAGCGGCGAACCGAACGCGGGCGCAAACCGGGUUUGCGAGUGCGAGUUCCGUUUUGUAAAUAAUUCCGAGUUCCGUAAUUCCGUUGCGUUGAACGCGAUGCGGGCGAUUCUAGCGGGGGUGGCGAGAAAACGCGGGGGCGGGAGGGGGACAAAUGACGACGAAUAUAUACCGGCGAGCGUACCGGCAAGAAAACGGCCUCAAAAACGGUACAGAGACACUUCCGUCGACCGACACGACGGGACGAUGGUGCAUACGUGUACACUAUACGAUGGCGCAACUCGGCAUGAGUGACAAAUUCGAGAACCGACACGCUGUGAAAUAUUUUUCCUCGUCGCGACACGAUCAAUAUUCCACGAGCGUCCGUAAUUUUCGGAGACCUGCACGAGCAUCGGUCGCGUAACAAACGACGUGGAGACGUCAUACGGUAUUCCAUUUGUAUACGAUAAUGCAUUCGCAAGGUGCUCGGGAUAAUCGUGCAUUUGAUGCACGCGCUGAUACCUCAUGUCAGUCAUUUAAUCUACUCUUCCGCUGCACACGGUAGCCUGUUAACUCGGGGAGGAACAGGAGGGAAAGUAAGGAAUAAAAAUAAGACAGAGGGAUGAAAAUCGAGAAAAUAUUUUUACAAAAUUGGAAAAAUAUUCGUCGCUAUUCUUUCGGAAAAAGCGAUGGUACCCAAAAAGUUGCGUCGGUUGGGAACGCAAAAUAGCAUAAACGAUCGAAAUCUGAUUUUUUCGACGAUACUGAAAACUGUUACAUCCAUUAGAGUGCAACGUGUGAUCGCACAUUUCACUAUUUCAAUAUUUGCGUACGUGUACUUUAACAUGAUUGCGGGGCCUAUUUUCGUAAAAGGGACGCUUGAACGUGACGUUUGGACGCGUACGUGUGUAUCCGAAUAAAUAUAGAAAUAUCGAUGAAAUAGAAAGUAGGGAAGUUUAAAAAUUGACAAUUUAACUCUCUCACUUUCACUUGGCGAUAUAUCUUCUAACGAUCAUUCCAGUAAGUCGUAAUAUAUAUCUACGAGAUAUAUUUUCCCAGAAAGAAAGAACUUUUAGAAAUAACGCUAAUAUACGUAUCAAUGGGGAAAGUGAUAGGGUUAAUGAAGGAUACAACGGAAAACAAUUAUUGUAAAAGAGAGAACCGCGUUGUUAAAGCAAUCAACGCGUAAUGUGUUAACUGCCAUAAUAUUAAUUUAUAGGAUAUAGAACAUUUCAUUGCCGGGUACUUGAUCGAUACGCGGUGCGCAAUGCGUGAGAACAAUCAUGUCUUACUUCAAGUAAAAAAGUAGAAAUUGCGCGGAAGAAAAUCGCUAUCACGGAAUCAAUGAAAUCGUCAUUAACGCUACGAUCAUCGAUCGUAAAUCGGAUCGGGAGAUACAAUCGCUUUCGUUUCGCGGUACUUUCGGGCCUAGCUCUGUCAAGCCUUCCUUCGCCAGUUGGUCAGCACCGCGGACCUUGACGUCUCCCGCGCUGUUUUUCGUCGAAAUGCUCGUUGCGACCGUUUACGAACGGGUCGAACGUCACUCGAUCGAAGCGAUUACAAAAACCAAUUAGGGAGACGGGUACAGUCAACACGUCGGCGAAUUUGUGUCCUACAAACGACGCUACAUACACACACACACAUACCACACACACAUACAUACACAAAAGCACGACGAGCCCCUCCGUUCUGUCGGUCGCCGGAACGAGACCCGAAUGCCGAACGUUCUGUUCGACGUCGAUGGCUCUUUUUUUACUCGAGAUCGAUCGAAAAACUCAUCCCCGAUUGCACCGAUCAGCGGCGUGUGCGCGCGAGCUCACGCGCGCGCGCGUAUGAUCGGUCGAUCGACAUCGAAUGGAGCGUUUAUCGGGCAGCAUAAUACAAUAAGUUACCCAUAAAAUGUUAUUCGAAGCGUUAAAGGGAGAAAAAAAGCAAAGGCGAUGGAAACGAUGACAUACACGCUUACAAGUUACACACGUGGUUACGGUACAUAUAAUACACACAUACAUACAUACAUACAUACACACAUAUACACGUACACACGGAUAUAUACACAUACAAGAUGUUAAUAAAUUGGAAUAAAUGUUACGAGUAUAUUUCAAA